UCAGUGCUUACAUUGGCCAGAGAUUAGACGACACCCCCCUCCUCUUCCUCCUCCUGCUGUGGCAGCUUCAACAAACUGGGGGAUAUGGGAGGAGCGACUGUUUGAGGUCCAGGUGGUCCAGCCUGCGUAAAAGCGCACUGAAUGCUCGCCAAACUCUUGUGAAACUACACUCGCUGUUUGCACCUCUAUGAAUGAGUUGUUUUGAGAUAAAAGAACGCCUUCUGGAUUUCCAGCUGGAAGAAGAAAAACAACAACAACAACAACAAAAAAGGAGUUGAAGGCGUGCUUCACUUCGAUCUAUCUCUCUCUUUAAAAAAAAAAAAAAAAAAAAACUACGAGUAAACGGCUUGAAACAAAGCGGGACAUUUUUUUAAUUAUUAUUUUUGGGUCCUCCACAUCCAAAGUUAGAGACGGCUUUUAUCGACGAGAAGUGGAGAUAUGUUCAAGAAAACUAAGAGUAAAGUGCUGGUGGAUUAUGCGUCAGAGGAGGACGACAUGUCCUGGCACUAUCAUCACUCCUACAAGGACAAAGACAUAGAAGGAGAGGAAGAGGACGAGGAAGCAGCCACUGCAGUGUCCAAGGAGGCCAAGGUGAAGAAGAUCAUGUCCAAGAAGGAGAGGAGGGAGAAGAAGAUGUUCUCCUCCAAAGAUGACGAGCACUUUUUGUUGACCGGCGUGAAGCUGACUGAUCGUAAAGGGCCUCAGAAGAAAAGCAAGGAUGAUGAGAAGGAGAAGGUGAAGGAGAAAGAGGAGAAAAAGGACAAGCCAGACAAGGGCUUAUGUUUCUGGGAGAGUGUUACUAUGACGAUGAGGCAAAUCUCCCCCACUAAGAAACUAGAGAAGAUAGAGGGAUGGGAGCCACCACAGUUGGAGAACUUAACUGAGACUGAGACUGAUGAAGCCCCUGUGGAGAACAGCCAGAAUGGGGACUUUGCGGUGCCCUUCCCUAACACUAUGAGUGUCUCAAUGCCUACGUGGGGGGGCCAAGGUCUGGAGGAAGACUCCUCUCGUUACGCUAACCUGACAGACUCCAGUGAUUCAACAGCUGGUGUAAAGUGGAUGGCCCGUGCCAAAGUAAAGCUGGCAGGCAUCAGCAGGAUGAGCAGAGGGAUUGUGUCAGAAGGCACAUGGGGAGGCUUUAAAUAAUAGCAUAUAGACACACCUUCUUUCCAGACCCCUCCAAUAUCAGAGGAUGAGGAUCUGAACCAAAUAUCUUUCUGUUUUUGUAGUAUAGUUCCAAAUAAAAUCUGUUUUAAUGCAACUUACUGUAAAAACAAAAAGAAAAAGAAAAAGAAAAGUGGCCAUAGUCAUCCACAAUCUGAAAUGAAGUUGAUGCCAAGUGCCUUAAAGUGCAAUACCACUGAUGGCCACUAGAUGUUUGCUUCAAAACAUCUCUAGGUCCCAUAGACUCCAAUUAGAGAACAUCUACUUGUGACUCCAUAAAGUCUGAAUAUUUUUCUACAAGUCAGUGGGUUUUUGAUAGAUUCAUUCCUUAAUCACUGUGCAGGUGGUCAUUUCCAGACCAAGAGGCAGCAGCUAAAGGAAAAAAACUCGAGGCUUGAAAACAGCAGUCCUCAGAACAAUGGCUGACGUCACAAUAGCUUAUUUUAUUUACUGGUAAGUGAAGUAAAUUAUUGAACAUGAAGUAUGUUGUUUUAGCCUUUAAUAAACUGCAUUUCAACUGUGUAAUUUUUUAACAGGGUUUUCACUGUCGAAUCACUGAUAUACACCAUAAACCUGAUAAUCUGAAAGCCUUAAACUGCUGUACCUUUUCAACUGUGAUUUCGUGUGUGGCAUUUGAAUACAUGAAAUGGCCAUUGAUUAGACUUUUGGGUUUAUAAUAAGCCACAUCUGGUAUUACAGAGGCUGUCUGAAUUUCUCCUAUUGUGUUUGAAUUGUUGAGGGUGUGUUUGUGCUAGGUCAUAGCAGGGUUAUACAUAAUGUCUGGCAUGUUAACAGUCUUCAUUUCAUCAUCCACUCUUACAUUUUCAAUUUGCUAAUAAUUAUUACCCAAGUGUUUGAGAGCCACAUGAAAAGGAUGCACUACACAAGAGAUUUAUCAUUUUUAUGUUUAACACUAACCUAAUACAGUGCUUUCUCACAGCAUAUUUUAAUGAUAAAUGAAUUACUCUUCUUAAUGACAUGCCCAUUUACAAGUUCUUUUUGUGCAAACCUCUUGUCUCUACACUCCAUCCCAAACAGUGUCAACAUGGCAUUUCAAUUAGUUUUUGAAAAUUUAUAAAUUGUUGAAAAGUACCUCCUCCAUGCACACAUUAAGUGCCUUAAAAUGACAUCAUGUGUUUCCUGUAAAUUUUAACUUGACAAAAUCUGUUGCAGCAUCAUGACUUUGCUGCAGGUGCAGGUAUCCAACAUUCAUCUGUGCUAAACCAGCUUGGGGCACGUCCUGGUUUCCACUUACAAACCAGUGUGCAACAAGCAGUGUUUGCCUAAGUGUUCCAAUAAUAAUCACUUCUUUCAUGCUGUUUGUACAUAUUUGUAUAUUAGAUUAAACUGAGUUAAUGAAGAGCAAUUUCAUUUCUACAAUGAUGUAGUUUUCUUUUCUCAUCUUUUUGUUUACUUAAUUCAUUUGAUGCUGGAGUCAGCCUCAUCACAGCCUGAGAUGUACUCAGAUACAGCUCAGGUCCACUGCCACAGAUACCUGUAUCCUGUGUUUAUUUAGUAAAGUGCUGGGUCACAUUUCCUCAAGAAUAAAGAUGAAGUCUCACA